CGGACGCCGAGCAGCCGAUCGGUCGAGUGAACGUUGCGGACAAGUGCUUGCCCGUCGCACCAGAUGGGUCUGCUGCAAGCAGUCGGAGCUCCCCACCUUCGACUCCCGAUGCCCGUGAGAAGGGCGACUGAGCUAGGCCUAGCUCUCACACCAAGGGCGACGUCAGCUCUCCUGGCUACCCCUCCACUUCACACGCAUGUCUCACCGAGCUGACCUUUUUAAAGCUGGCCUUGCGCAGCAACGUACGCUUUGCUCUCUUGACUUCAGCUCCGCCUACGAAGCUCCGAUCCUACUCGUACGGCGCUACAUUUGAACCUGGCCGCUUCGUCAGGUGGGAGGUUCUCUUCAUCAUUUUUUUUUUUUGAAAAAAAAAAUUCCCAAAGAUAUUCUAGAAAACUGUGAAACCGCACCGUCCUACUCUGCCCUACUCUCCCUUCCUCUCCCAAGAAAGGAUUGUUUGUCGCAGCCCAAGUGGGAACAUGGCAGGCAAAGUGGACGAGGCCAUGGAGGCGAUCAUGAAGUCGCGCUCGAUGCCGGACGUCCCCGUGAACUUUGUGCCUGCAAAGGCUGGUGAGAUCAUCAAGCUUGGCCCCAUUACGUGCCGCGUGCUUGAGGAUGGCUCUCGAACGGACAACCGCAUAGGCGUCGCCGAGUUCACACUUCCUCCUCGCACAAAGGGUCCGCCGGCACAUUGGCACGAGAUGCACGACGAGAUGUUUCUCACCACGCAAGGAACCGUCCGGUACCACGUUCCGGGCAAGCCGGACAUCGACGCGGCAACGGGCGACUUCGUGUCCGUGCCGGUGCGGGCGCCGCACACCUUCUCCAACCCGUUUGACGAGGAGGCCAAGUUCUUCAACACGUACACGCCCGCCUUCUACAUCAACUACUUCAAGCUGCUGGGGAGCAUGAUCGAGGAGGGCGGCGAGAUGACCAAGGAGAAAAACCUCAUGGCUAUGGCGAACUACGCUACGCUGCCUGUGCCCCAGGACAAGAUGGAAACCACGUGGGACAAGAAAUAGAUGCAAAGCAGGCUUGCUCGCACGGGGAAGUUGUGGGAGGAGGUUCUGCCGCUGCCCUCGCUAUCUUCGAUGUGGUAUCAUGGCGCCUCGCCCCUUCCCUGUGGAGAGACAUCAGAACAAGAAGAGAGCAUGCGGAGUGAAUUAGGGCUUAGUAUAGCAUUAGGCCAUAUGAAAUUCGUAUGCAUAUGCGUUUGCUACAGCAGCG